AUGGCAAAGAAAUCGAUUCCAUCAGCGCCUGCGCCCGGCACGAAAGUGGUCGCCCUGCACCCAAUCGACCAACGUUUCCCGGUUGGAGAUUUACGGACAAUCGUUUUCUUUGUCAUCAGGAGCACCCUGGACCAACAGAUUUUGCGCGACUCACUCGAUAAGCUCAUCCGGAACCAUCUGCCUGUCCUGGGCGCGCGUCUGCACGCUGCCCCGAAAGAAGGCGGAUUGAACGAGUUCCAUUACCCAGAGCCCUUCCCCGACGAUGCCACCCUUUUUGCAUGGUCGGAAAAGUUCAUCGAAUCGACCCUGGACGCGACCAAGCUCAUCCCGGACACUUCAACCUCCAAUGGAUCUGUGGUCUGGGGUCUUCCUAUGAAGGAUUUCGAGGCGGCUUGGGCGCCAUCUGACUGGAGUUUUCAGCGCAAGGACGACAAACCCGACACGCCUCUGCUCCUGGUCCAUUUCACAGGCUAUCAGGAUGCUACGGUCCUCACAGUGAACAUUCCGCAUUGGGUUUCUGACCAAAAGGGCCUUGCGAGCAUGAUGCAGGCGUGGCUCGCCGUCGCGCAGGGGUUGGAGCCGCCUCCUUUCAUAACGCUGGAGCCUGGUGCCCUUGACGGACCCGACCUGCCGCAAAGCGAGCUUCGUCAAAAAGGGAAAUAUCGAUUGAAGUCGAAAGGGGAAUAUAUUCGAUCAAUCGUCGGACUCUUGCCCGAUAUAAUCCGGAACCGAGAAGAGACUGGCCGGGUGAUGUUUUUGCCCGUAUCGUAG